AUGGUUAAUAAUGAAGAAUUAACCUCAGAACAACAAAUAAAAGGCAAAGAAUUUCUACUUACUAAAGCAACAUUAUUCGCUCAAAGUAUAGAAAAUUUAGGCCGUACAAAUACUAUCACACAUAGCAUUAAUACAGUAUUACCUGGAAUAAGAAAUGAUGCAGUUAAAAGAGUAAAAAAAGUACAAGAAAGUACUAAAAUAAGGCAUGAUCAGGAAUUACCACCUAUUGAAGAAUUUAAGAGAGGAGACCAAGUAUUAGUAUACAAGGCUUCUCAACAAUAUUCAAAAAGUCAUAAGCUUUAUCCAAAAUGGAAGGGUCCUUUUGUAGUUCACAAAGUAUUAGAAAAAGGAGUUUACAAACUACGAUCUGUUAAUGGAAAAAUUAUCAAAACCCUAUAA